UCAGACGGAUCGGCCCAUAAGCGCCUUGCCUCGCCAGUGACGUUGCGUCCGCCUUUAUUUUGUCUGUGCAAUCAAAACCUGUAAAUAAUCUGCAGCUGGAAAUAUGAUAAGAUCAAUGCGUUUGUAAAAUUGUAUAUUUUAUGGUUGUAUAAACCGUUUAAGAAAAAGAGGUAUAGCUUCAUGUCGAUUUUUCUUUCUUUUUUAAUUUAAGAAAAAAAGGAAAAUGGUGACUACGUGCAUGCAUAGUUUUGGUGUUUGCUACGUGCAGUGAAAGGGCGCAAUCGCGGCAAUAAAAGUAGGUCAAUGAACUUUCUUCUUUCACAAGAACUUAUUGUCUCUUGAGACCAGCGGCAGCGGUCAUCAAUGGGGAGGAAUAUACCAAGAAUUUACACACAUAUCGCCAUUUGAACGCGUGUGUGAAUAACAUUACAUUCCCUGACUCGUAGAGAGGGCUUUUAACCAACGGAAAAUGGAAAUCAGCCAGCUCAAUCUCCGCAUUUGGCGGUUUUCAAACGUGGUUCUUCGUCUGCCGAGCGUCUUCAUACUGGAGGCUAUUCAUCAGUCGAGACGGUCCAAGUCUCGCCUCAGUGGCUCGACCGAGAGCCUGGCCAGCCAUUGGGGGCUGGAACCGGAGACGGUGACGAUUGGAUCGCAAUAUCUGGGUUACUUCGUUGUGUUUCUCUUGCAUGCUUUACCCCUGAGAAUGCUGAUCAAGCUCUACAAGUUCAUUGUUGUUGGUCUCAUGCUUCUGGCUGCCCAUCUUCUCUCUGCGUACUCCCUGUCUGUCAGAGCUACAGACUCCCACAGCUCCUUCCCAUCAGCUGUGACGUUUGCUCUCGCUCAAGGGGUCAUCAGCCUCAUGUGUGCACAGCUAAUGGGGACGAAGCACGUGUGGGCCUUCGCUGCAUACGUGCUUCCUCAGAUUGCCAACCUGAGCGGUCUACCGUUGGACGCCCAAAAGUUGGCUCAUGGCGUGGCCCAAGCUGUCACGCUGGCUGAGGUCAGUGUCUUCACGCUGAGACACGUUCUUGUGCCAUACCGGCUGGCCUUGAUUGGAUACAAGACACUUCAAGAGUACGUCGAACUCUAUGGCAUCAUCAGUGUCAUCUUUGCCUUGUACAAUCGCUUCUUUGUGCCGAUGCUGUAUCUCAUUUUCUGGCUGGUGCUAUUUGCCCAUCGGCUCUACGUGUACUACUCAACAAAGGACCAUAAAAUUUUUGGGGAGCGCUGGGCGUUGGUGAUCUUUGCAGCUAUCGCGGACUGUUGUGAAAGCCCUUGGAGUUUGCUUGGUCUGUGCUACACAGUGUCCUACACGGCCUUCCUAGUGCUGCUUCUGUGCAAGAUGUAUCUCAAAGGUUUCAACAGCCUGGGAGGAGAGACCUUCCUCCAUCGUGGCUGGACGGAAGGCAUCACUGUGAUGCUGCUCGCCAUGGAAACCGGUCUCCUGGAGCUGAAGAAGCUGGAGAGAAUCCUGCUCCUGAGUGUGCUAAUGUACAUUGCUCUGUCAUCAACCAUCCAGUCAGUGUACGAGAUCUUAGACCCUGUGCUGCUGGCAUUAGCUGCAUCCAAUGACCGUAGCCCUUGGAAACAUUUCAAGGCAUUGAGCAUGUGCUUGGCUUUGAUGGCCACGCCUCUUUACCUGAGCUACAUGCUUUUCGCCAUGUUCGAAGCAGAACUGUGGCUGAUGAUCAUUGUGUCAAGCUGUCUGCUCACCACUGUCCAGACAUUUGGUUCAUUGACCAUCUACCUACUCUUUAUGGCAGAUCAUCGGCGCUCCACAUCUUGGGAGAGCUUGGACGACGUGGUGUAUGGCAUACACGCCAUGUGUCAUGUCCUGGAGUUCGGCAUCGCGCUCUCGGUACUCUUCUACGGCGGCAUGGAGUCCUUUCAUCGCGACUACAAUCUGCUUGGGGCAGCCGUCAUCCUCGUCCAUUGCUACUUUAACGUCCUCCAACGAGCCCAAGCCGGUUGGCAGAGUUUCCUCCACCGCAGGGAUGCGGUCCGUAAGAUCAAGUCAUUGCCCACGGCUACCCAAGAGGAGCUAUCCUCCCUCCGCGACGUCUGUGCCAUCUGUUUUGAGGAGAUGGCAUUUGCCAAGGUGACUCCCUGCAGACACUACUUUCACAGCGUCUGCCUGCGGCGGUGGCUGUACGUGCAGGACAAGUGUCCGCUGUGCCACAAGACCAUCAUACCAGAGAUGCCCAAGCCAUCUAAUGGAGGUGGAGACCCGGAAGAGGAGUUACCACGGCAACCACAUCAGGAUCUUGGACAAGGAGAUGCUAUGAUGGCACUUUAGUAACCAAUCCAUCAACAUGCCUUUCAUGCAUUUUCAUACAAAUUUACUUUUUAAAUUUUCACCUGAAGCUCUGUGUACUUCUGAAAUGAAUGUGAGAAAAAUCAGGUCAUUUGAUCAGUGUGUACCAAACAAUUAAUGGGUACAGUUAGCAUGUUUGAAUUUGUCUAACUUGUUUUGAUGAUCAGUUGUAUCUACGAGGAAAAAAGAUUCCUUCAUUUUGUUUUGUUCUUUCUUCUAUAAAAUCAUGAGCAUUUCAUUUAUUCUUUCAAUAAACUUGAAUGGAUGAUUGACAGCAGGUUCUUGUCUGAUUCCAAACAUUAUAAUUGCCAGAGUGUAUAUAUCGACAAACUUUAUCGAUUGUCAAAAGUAUGAUUUUAUUUUCUUCAUCAGGAAAAGCUGUGCCUGUUGUAUGUAUUGCCAUUAAGUUCAGCAAAGAUUUUUUUUAUUUUGUAAAGUUUUUCCAGCACAUUUGCCAACAAUGCCAAGUGCUAUGCCAGUAACAGUGUACUCGAUGCAUGUGUGAACCUGCAUGAAUUGGUACAGUCUUCUUUUACAGCUGAAAAAUUAUUUCCUAACUUGAAAUUUGGUUGUAAAAGAAAGUACACUUUGCCAGUUAAUUGAAACGGUCAGGUGGACGGAAUUUGGGCAAGUCUUGCCCCAAAUUGGGCGUUGGAAGCUUUGGGAACAAGUUAAGUGGUCCAUGUCGUAAAAUAUAGAUCUGUUACAGUAUUACAUUUAUAACAGGUUUGUUAAGGACCAAACCAUAAUUAUUGUUAUUAUAUGAGGCAAUAGUUUUCAUUGCUAUUGAGUCUUAGACCCUUGUGUCCUUCAAAAUUCAUCAUGGAGUUUUGGAGAAUUUUGCAGGAUUGAGAAAGGUCGGGCUAUCAUGAACAGUGGAUGAUGUAGGAGGACUUUGGAAUAUGCACUUGGUGGGCUAGUUUCAAAUAUCCACAUCUAGCUAGUCUUGAUAUGGGAACACCACUUGCGUGGUCAACCACUUGUCUCAUCAGCACCUGAAAAUUGGAUACAUGCUCCCAUGCAAUUUUGUCGAACUUGUUUGCUAACACUUAGACUUAGGGAGGCAAAGAUCCCCCUAACUUUAUAUUUGAAAAAGAAAAAGACAAGAAGCUGCCUUUCAUCGGUGGAAUAUUCUAAAAGGCUCUCAAUAAUAAUGCUGAAGGACUUGCAUGUUUUAUAGACCUUUAGGUUUAGUGUCAACUAUUUCAAAUCACAUUCCAACAUCAUGUCACAUGCUGUAAAAAUGCCCAGAAUCUUGACCAACUGUUUUACGCUGGUAGCUUCAUGAUGAUUAUGAUUUAUUUAGGUGUUGCAAGCUGAAAGCUUCCUGUCAUUUGGGCGUCACACUUGUGCUUGUACAUUUUAAAGCUAAAGUUAAAACUUGGCAUGUUUUUUUCCCAUCACUGUCAACUCCAUUUUUGUUGCCAAAUUGCUUUGGGUCUGUUUGUGUUGGCAGACUUCAAAUCCCUGUGCAAAGUGCAUUGCCAUUUUGGUUGUAACACGUUAUGUUCAAAGCCGUCAAAGGUGACCAGUUCAGUGAGGAUUUCCAUGUCUGUUUUGUCACUGUUCACUCACGGUGCAAAUUCCAAAGUUGUAAGAGAUCAUUCACCUGUGUACAGACAAACUUUGAUCAGUCUUUAAGAUUCAACCUCCGUGUCUUCAUACUGCCAAUGCAGUGCUUGUGCACUCGCUUUGAUCAGUUUUUAAGAUUCAACCUCCGUGUCUUCAUACUGCCAAUGCAGUGCUUGUGCACUCGCUUUGAUCAGUUUUUAGUCCUUUUGACAGUUACUUUAAGUAAACUUGGCCUGUCCAUGCACAAAAAUCAAUAUUUUGUUUACUCCUGACUACAUGUAUGAUAAAUUCAACAUCAUGUUGAUUAGAACAAACACACCACGAGGUAUGACACCAUUCAACAUACUGUCUGGUUGCUUGUUUAAUUGCAAUUUUAUUUGUAAGAAUGUUCAAACAUACACGUUUGUCUAAUAACAGCAUACUUCACCUUU